AUGAGUAGCCAUCACCUUCAAAAUAUGCAAAUCAGACAGCUCGCCACGACUAUCCCCACAACAGCAACUACAGCACCAGCAAACAGUAUUCUAAAAUUUGGAAAUCCAGGACCUGUCAAUGAUCUAUUUGAAAGAACAGCUUAUACCGUAUCAUAUAACCGUAGAGAUCGUAUACCUUACUGGGUUGGUGAACAUCUUACUGCUGCUAGCUUAAAAGAGGGUCCAGGUGUAUCGCGUGAUAAAGUGACCUUCAAAGAUGAUCCUGCAUUGCCCGAAAUAUUCAGGGCCUAUACCAAAGACUAUACCAAUAGCGGCUAUGAUCGCGGCCAUAUGGCGCCAGCAGGUGACGCUGUAUCAACCCAACAAGCUAUGGAUGAAACAUUCUUAUUGACUAAUAUCGCACCUCAGAUUGGUCCUGGUUUCAACCGCCAAUACUGGGCUUAUUUUGAAAAGUUCUGUCGUGAUUUGACAGCUAACUUCACAGAUGUCUAUGUCUAUACAGGGCCUUUGUUCUUACCCCAACUCACGAAUACUAAUAAUACUUUCUCUUUCGCCGAUGCCCAAAUGAUAGUCAAUCCUGAUGGUAGUGUCAAUGUUGGUGCUGCAGGUGCUGCACCGGCAACUGCUGGACAACCGAAAUAUCACAUGCAAUACCCACUCAUCGGUGCUAAAUAUCCUACCAUUGCUGUUCCAACCCAUUUUUUCAAAAUUUUGUUGGCCACUACGAACAAUGUAAAUUAUGCUGCAGGUUCCUUUGUUUUACCCAAUCAAGCUAUUGAGCACACUAUUCCUUUGAGUCGAUUUCAAGUCGAUAUCAGUGCUAUUGAAAAAGCCAGUGGAUUACAAUUUUUCCAAGAAAUAGAUAGAAAAACCUUUACUAAUCUUUGUACUUUGGUUAAUUGCGUUUUGUAA